AUGCGAUCCUGGGCUAGCCUACAACGCCGGCCAUCUGAGAUUCUGGGACCCGAGCCUCAGAGGGCAUGUGAUUCUGUUGGCAAGCUGUUCUCUUGGGACGGCCACUUCCUUGUGAGCCUCAUGGAUCUAAACCUGAUCAUCGUCGGAUCAGGUCCUGUGUGCGUAGAGCUCCUACGCCGGAGGAGGCUUGCAGGUGGCCGGGCAUGUGUGCUUUGGACUCAUCAGAUGCCAAUUCUAUCAGACAUGGCUGCUUUGAACCGGCACCCCUUGUCUGAGCUUCGUAGCAGCAUCUUCCAUCUUCGCAACUUCUGUUGGCAGCCCCCAAGUAUGAGUCGCACCGAUGUGGGGGAAGUUGAGGAGCUCAGAGCGGCCCACCGAUGCUGGCCAUCUGCCGUGUGCAUGCAGGGGCCCGACAUAGUGCCCUUGCAGGAAGACCAGGUCUAUGCCAUCACGCAGGACCCUGAUGGUCGUGCUUCAGGUAUUGAAGUCCUCGAUGGGACUUCUGGUAAUCAGCUUUGGUCUAUGUCUGGUGCUGUUGUCUUUGCCGGAGAAGACUUUUCUGGCGUCUUGAGUGCGGCUUGCGACUCGAUCCAGGUUGCCCGUGAGCUGGAUUUGAGUGCGCACUUCGAGGAUGCAAAGCCCAUGACAGUGAUGAGUACGUGGACUUGUGUGCGGACUUGUCUGUACAGCUUCGUGCAUUUGACCGUCUACUGCUCGGCCAUGCGUGUGUUUGAGCCACUGAACACCGCGGCACAGUUGCCAUGGUGGCGCUGCACUUUCACCGUCGGGCUUUUCCCGUAUGGGUUUGCCACAUACUGCAUAUAUUGGGCAAAUUGCCUUGCAGGCACUAAGCUUCCGAGGGGAAUGAAGAUCUUGGGCGGCUUGCUCUCGAGCAGCCUCUUUUCUGUUUUCGCCAUGAACUCAAGGGUGGCAUCCGAGGACGACAGCCGGCCGAUCUACCGCCCAAUCUCCCUGGUGUUUUUUGUAGGCACCGUGUUUUAUGCCGUGUUGUCGCCAGUCAUUCAUUUGGUAUGGUACCGGUUCCUGGCCCACUCUGGGACAUCCUCGAAGGAAGACUCUCAUAGCGAAGUUAUCUCUGAAGAGGCGAAGCCAGUUCACAAGUGCAAUCAUGUGUUGUGGACGUGCGCCCAUGUCCUCUUUACCUUUGGCAGUUGGAUUUUCUUGUACCUUAUCUCCAUGGUGUUCAUGCAGCUGCAAUCAAUCUCGGCAGUUGGAGCGGCUUUGUUCCUUACUCUUGCCACGAAUCUGACCGAAAAAGCUGUGAGCUGCAUGACCACGUCGAUAUACACUGGCCUUGUUUACAAUGUUCGCUGCCGUCCGGGUGAGAAGCGAAUCUUAGGCGACCAGAGGAAGUACCUCAUGGUGCCAGUUGCACUGACGCACGCUUUUUGCGAGAGUGCACGCCUCAUCAGCUUGCUCUCCGUCACCAUGCAAUAUGGUGGAUGGUGGUGGUCCUUCAACCUUGUUCUCAACCUGGCCGUGAAUCUGCUCGAGCGCAGCUACUGCAGCCUCAGUUUCCUGACAUACAUGUGCCCCGCCCUGUCCAGGACAUUGCUGCCAGGCUUAGCAAGGUUCUACAUCAGGAGGCAAAGGUUUUGUCAGGCUAUGCACAGUAUGUGUCCGUCCUGGCCUUUUUGA